AUGCUUGAAGAUCGACGGAUUACAGUUCGGGAGCUGUGCACAAAGAUUCCGGAGGUCAGCAAAACCACAAUUGACAAGAUUUUGACUGAACAUUUAGGCUAUUCAAAGGUCUGCGCAAGAUGGGUACCAAGAAUGCUCAUUGCAGACCACCGGCGGCAGCGGGUUGAAGCGGCCCAAGAAUUUCUCGCUUUUCACGGAACAACCGAAGAGGAAUUUCUGGACUCUAUUGUUACUGAUGACGAGACCUGGGUACACUACACCACGCCGGAAACAAAGGAGCAAUCGAAGCAGUGGAAGCACUCUUCUUCACCAAGCGCAAAGAAGUGCAAUCAAAUCCUGUCUGCCGGGAAGAUCAUGGCUAGCGUUUUUUGGGAUCGAAAGGGCGUAUUGUUGUGCGAGUUUAUGCCUCGCGGGACAACAAUCAAUGCUGACCGGUACUGUGAGACCUUGAAAAAACUUAGACGUGCCAUUCAGAACAAGAGAAGAGGACUGCUGACGAAAGGAGUGCGUUUUCACCAUGACAAUGCCCGACCGCACACCGCCAAUCGAACCACAGCCCUCAUCGAAAGAUUUGGAUGGAAAAUGGUGUCUCACCCACCCUACAGCCCAGACUUAGCACGAAUGCAGAGAUGCAUAGAACGCAACGGCGAUUAUGUAGAAAAAUAA